AAAGUGCUGGGAUUACAGGUAGGAGCCACCGCACCGGCCUGGGCUAAAUCUGAUUCCAAGUUUACACAAGCUUGUUGAAUGCCCACUGUGUGCUUAAUGAAAGAUCAAAGUUUGAUAAAACAAGGUCCCUGCUCUUACUGAGCGCAUAGCUUUCUCAGAUUAUCAGAAACCAAAUUUGGAAAAUAAUCCAGAACGCUGGCGUAGGUAGCUCAAGGUUCCCCGCUUGCAACAUUUAGUCCAAACCAGUCAAUUCUAGGCGGCGGGAUUUCCCCAUCCCCCUCCGUCGCCCAACCUUUGGGUGGGGCCACUCCCAAACGCUCCCUCCCCUCGUCCCGCCAUGCGCAGCAGUGCGCAUGCGCCCUCAGGGAGGCGGACAGUGACCGUGAGGCAUUGCCGUCGCGCGGUGCACAGAUAAGACGUCGCGCUUGCGCAGGCGCUAGGCGCAGAGGCCUGCGGGAAGCCAAGAUGGCGCAUGGGGGUUCUCCAGGCUGCAGUUGGCGCCUUAUCAGUAUCUAAGCAGAGUGUUUUGGAAGGAGUUAAGGGGCUGUGGCAAACGCCCUCUCCGCCGUCAUGGCCCGGCAUCGGAAUGUUCGAGGCUAUAACUACGAUGAAGAUUUUGAAGAUGAUGAUCUCUACGGCCAGUCUGUAGAGGAUGAUUAUUGUAUUUCGCCAUCAACAGCUGCUCAGUUUAUUUAUUCACGGCGUGACAAACCUUCCGUUGAGCCUGUGGAAGAAUAUGAUUAUGAAGAUCUGAAAGAAUCUUCCAAUUCUGUUUCGAACCAUCAGCUCAGUGGAUUUGAUCAAGCUCGUCUUUAUUCAUGCCUUAAUCACAUGAGAGAGGUACUUGGAGAUGCUGUGCCAGAUGAAAUAUUAAUUGAAGCAGUUCUGAAGAACAAGUUUGAUGUGCAGAAGGCUUUGUCAGGGGUUCUGGAACAAGAUAGAGUGCAGAGUUUGAAGGACAAGAAUGAGGCAUCAGUAUCUACAGGAAAGAUAGCAAAAGGAAAACCAGUAGAUUCCCAGACAUCGCAAAGUGAAUCUGAAAUUGUGCCAAAAGUUGCUAAAAUGACUGUAUCUGGAAAGAAGCAAACUAUGGGAUUUGAAGUGCCUGGAGUAUCUUCUGAAGAAAAUGGUCAUAGUUUCCACACACCUCAAAAAGGACCACCCAUUGAAGAUGCCAUUGCUUCUUCCGAUGUUCUUGAGACUGCUUCUAAAUCUGCUAAUCCACCCCACACGAUUCAAGCAUCAGAAGAGCAGAGUUCAACCCCAGCACCGGUGAAAAAGUCUGGCAAGCUGAGGCAGCAAAUAGAUGUGAAGGCGGAACUGGAGAAGCGGCAAGGAGGGAAGCAGCUACUCAACUUAGUGGUCAUUGGUCAUGUUGAUGCUGGGAAAAGUACUCUGAUGGGCCAUAUGCUUUAUCUUCUGGGUAAUAUAAACAAAAGAACUAUGCAUAAGUAUGAACAGGAGUCUAAAAAGGCUGGCAAAGCUUCGUUUGCAUAUGCAUGGGUCUUGGAUGAAACUGGCGAAGAAAGGGAAAGGGGAGUAACCAUGGAUGUUGGUAUGACAAAGUUUGAAACCACAACCAAAGUUAUUACAUUAAUGGAUGCUCCAGGCCAUAAGGACUUCAUUCCAAAUAUGAUUACAGGAGCAGCCCAGGCGGAUGUAGCUGUUUUAGUUGUAGAUGCCAGCAGGGGAGAGUUUGAAGCUGGAUUUGAGACUGGAGGACAAACACGAGAGCAUGGACUCUUGGUCCGUUCUCUGGGAGUGACGCAGCUUGCAGUUGCAGUUAAUAAAAUGGAUCAGGUUAAUUGGCAACAAGAAAGAUUUCAAGAGAUUACUGGAAAACUUGGGCACUUUCUUAAGCAAGCAGGUUUUAAGGAGAGUGAUGUAGCUUUUAUUCCUACAAGUGGUCUCAGUGGUGAAAAUCUAAUCACAAGAUCUCAGUCAAGUGAACUCACAAAAUGGUAUAAAGGACUAUGUUUAUUAGAACAAAUUGAUUCCUUUAAGCCUCCCCAGCGAUCUAUUGACAAGCCUUUUAGAUUAUGUGUGUCUGAUGUUUUCAAAGAUCAAGGAUCUGGAUUUUGCAUAACUGGUAAAAUAGAAGCUGGUUAUAUCCAAACUGGUGACCGACUACUGGCAAUGCCUCCUAAUGAAACUUGUACCGUGAAAGGAAUCACUCUGCAUGAUGAACCUGUCGACUGGGCGGCAGCAGGCGAUCAUGUUAGUCUUACUUUGGUUGGGAUGGAUAUCAUCAAAAUCAAUGUUGGCUGCAUAUUUUGUGGCCCCAAAGUACCCAUUAAAGCUUGCACUCGUUUCAGAGCCCGAAUCCUCAUCUUUAAUAUUGAAAUUCCUAUCACUAAAGGAUUUCCUGUGCUGUUACACUACCAAACUGUCAGUGAACCCGCCGUUAUUAAACGAUUGAUUAGUGUCUUAAACAAAAGCACGGGUGAAGUCACAAAGAAAAAGCCUAAGUUUUUGACUAAAGGCCAGAAUGCACUGGUAGAGCUACAGACACAAAGACCAAUAGCUCUUGAGCUAUAUAAAGACUUUAAAGAGCUGGGGAGGUUCAUGCUACGUUACGGUGGUUCUACAAUAGCUGCUGGUGUUGUCACUGAGAUAAAAGAAUGAUGGGUCAGAAUUUCUACCACGUUUCUGGAUACAGUGAAAUAGCUAACCUCUGUUUCAAGAAUGCAGUUAUUAAGUCAAAGGAACAAUGUGCAAUUGAUAUGUUUUUAGAUGAGAGAGAAAAAUUAAAGCUAAAAUUAGCUGCAAAGAAGUAUUAAUAAUCACCUCUGCAAAAAUUCUAAGUUGCCAACUGGCAAAGAAAGUCUAAUGUUAAAAACAACUUUGCCUUUGAAAUGUUAAUAAAUGGAUUUACUUUGCUAAGAUUUAUGGCAAGUGUCAACAAUAGUAUCUGAAGAUACUGAAUCGUCAUGAAAUGAACUCUACUUCUGGCCAAAGCACAAUGUAUUUGCAGUUUUCUCUUUUGAUUCAAUUAUACUGCACAUGUUUUAAGGAAAAGUAACUUAAUUGGGUUUUUCAGGCAGUUGAUAUUUGACCUAAGCUUUUUUUUUUUUUUUUUUUUUUUCCAGUUAACGCUAAGAAAAGAUUUGGGGAAGGUUAUAAUAAAAGUAUUUUGUGGUGACCAUAAGAAUGUCCCUCCCCAAACAAGUAAACUUGUGAAAGUUUAAUUUGGAGUUAGUGGAAGCUGUUCCUUUGAAAGCCAAGAUAUUAUUUAAGUUGUAAAGCCAGCUAAUAAAAUGCCUUAGUUUGAGCAUAAUACAAA